AUGACAAAGCCUGGAAUUGGUUUAACUGGUGUUGCACAAUUUGCCAUUUAUGGUCCUCCACAAAAGGAGGGUUGUGAUCAGAGUGGAGAGAGAUGUGGAAGCUAUAGUUCUAGCGCCGACAUCAGCGAAUCGGAGUUUUCCAGUGGUGGUUUAUCGUGUCGGCUAUAUAAGGUGGAUGAGGAAAAUGGAAGCGCUUUGAGUUCUAUAGACUCAUCGCCGAUCUCAGCUGUUGCCAAGAUCGAGAAUUACAGCGCCGAUUGUGCCGCCUCUUAUGUUCCCUAUGUUUGGCCUGAAGGAUGUGGUAGUAUGGGAUGGGAAAAAAAGCGUAGAGGAUUAGGGAGAAGAUAUUGA